AUGGACACAGGCAAACGGCUAGCGGAGAAGCUGGUGGAACACACCGAAACAGAAAUCAACACAUCAGCCGCCCUGAUACAACUACCGCCAUACAACUCGAUCAACACCAGGAGUUGGUUUAUUCAACUUGAGGCGAUAUUUUCAGCCCGAAAGGUCACACGACAGGACACUAAGUACGCUUCCGUGGUACAAGCCUUACCAGCAUCAAUCGUUGAAGAAGUGGAAGACAUCCUUCUCAAUACUCCGGACCAACUCCCAUACACAUGCCUCAAAGAAGCCAUCCUGAAACGAACUGGACGUUCGGACGAAGACCUCAUCAGAGACUUAUUCUCUAAUGUGUCUCUCGGCGAUAGGACACCAUCCCAGCUCCUCCGCCUGAUGAAGAGCCGCCUCGGGAACAACACCAUGGCAGAACCCAUCCUCCGAGGGCUAUGGAUGGAUCGGUUACCACCGAAUAUAACACAAGUUCUAGCCCUGGUACCAGUAGAGACGCCCCUUGACGUUGUGGCCGACUCAGCCGACAAAAUAUAUUCCCAAGCUCACCAAAAAGUUCACCAGGUUGAGAGCCACGGAAACCACACACAACGCCUCGAAGAGGAGAUGACCCAGCUACGCGCACAGUUGAGAGACCUGAAACUCUCCCUAUGCCGGAGGCAGCGAAGCCCAGCACCACGCACGCGAAAUCGAAGCCGUACCCGCAGCUCAAGUCCAGGACGGAGAAACAGUGUGGACGAAUGUUGGUACCACCAAACCUUCGGUGACCGAGCCCGCAAGUGCCACCCUCCCUGCAGACGCAAUAAGGCCCAGGAACGAAUAGACCGACAGGCAGCGACGACGAUCCCUGUCGGUACUCGCUCACACAGUCGUCUCUUCUACGUGUGGGACCGUAACAAUGGCCUCAAAUUCCUAUUUGACACUGGCGCAGCCAUCAGCGUAAUACCACCCACCAGCAGAUCCGCCUUGAAACCCACCCCAUUCCAACUUGAAUCGGCUCCCCCAUAG